ACCAGUCUUUUGUCACCGUCAACAAGGAGCUGUUGGUUUUGCUAAACACUUCCGUCAAGAUGAACAAAAUUGUUUUUGGAAUCCUUGCAGUUGUUGCAUCUUUUAUGCUGGUGGAGUCGCUGACAUGUAACAAAUGCGAUGUGGGCAUGGUGGGCGUUUGCCUAAAUGCUGCUGAUCAGGUCUGCACAACCAACACAAGUAGCUGCUUCACUGGAAGAGCCACCUUCCCCUCCCUCACUACUUUCGUAGGCUUCAACACCCAAGGCUGUCUGGAGGGUGCUAUGUGCAACACCACCACCAACGCCACCCUCCUGGGCGCCACCUACACCACCGUCAAGACCUGCUGCGCCACCAACAAGUGCAACCCAGUCACAAUCAGCGGCGCAACCUCUGCCAAGCUCUCUGUCACCGCAGCCCUCGGCGCCGCCCUGGUGGCCUCCGUGUCGGGCAGCGUGCUGUACUAGAAUUAGAACAACUAGAAGACACAUUCUGAUUCUGAUUCCGAAGAACUAGAAGACCGCCCCUACAUCGAAAAUAAAGACUUCACAUCCUCCAGCCUGAAAUAAAUAUCAAUCCUAGUCUGUCUAUACAUCAUGAAAUUACUGUUUUCUUAAACCGGCUUGACAACAGUUUGUUUCGUUCACACUGCAUGUUUAAACCGGCUUGACUUGGUUUUCUCAUGUUUUGAUGCUAUGCUGUCACAUCGUCCUCUCAAGUUGUUUGCCUCCCAUCAGAGUAAUGCACUGAGUAUCCAUAGUCAAGGGCUUUUCAGUUAUCAGCUCAAAUUUUGCAGAGAGAAGCACGUCUCAGAAUGCAUUAAAGACACUCUUUGUUUUCACACAGUUUCUGUUCCUGAAUGUUAAGAUACUUAUUGUUGUGGAAGUCGAUCAGUGUAUUGUUGAAGCUGUAACACUGAAUUCUUAAACCUUCCAUGUGUUUUUUUAUUUAUUUAUCCUUAAGUUACUACAAUCAUCUGUGGUGCGUAUAUUAUGGAAUGAAAAUAAAGAAAAUCCUAGAAAGGAA